CAAAUGUAUAAUGAAAUUAAUUAUAAUUUUCAUUGUUAACAGUGGCAGGCAUGUCUGAGGUGUGGGUGGAGCUGAAUGCGCCACGUUUUGUGGUGCACCGCCACAAUGCCAAGCUGCGCUGCGAACACAAUGUUGAUCCUGAAUCACUAUAUAAGGUGGUGUUCUUCAAGAACGGUCAACGCAUCAUGAAGUUCGUUAGAGGGAGGGAUCCUCCCUUCGAACUUUAUAACGUCACCGGCGCUGAGAUCAGUCUCAUAAACCUGUCUCCAACGUCGAUCACGCUGGAGAGGCUGGACUUCUCAGCAUCAGGUCCAUACGCCUGCGAAAUCGCUCUUGAAACUCCUCUCUACUCCAAAGUGUCCAAGAUACAUGAACUGACUGUCAUUGUUCGUCAGAAAAACCGUCCAAAGAUAAAAAUAAAGCACAAAAAGUUAUCUUCGAGCGACCAACUGGAGGCGACAUGUCAGAGUGGCCCUGCUCACCCCGCACCGCACCUCACCUGGUUUAUAAAUAAUAACAAGGUCGACGAAAGUCUAACAACCCCGUACGGAACGAUGAAGGUCCAUCGUCAUCACCACGGGAUACCGUUAUCCGUGACGAACACCUCACUGCACUUUCCAUUGCCCAGCCUGCAACUAUUCCCCAACCGGACUGUGGAGAUCACCUGUCUAAGCACCAUACCAAGCUACGCAAGCGAGGGUGAAGGAUUUGCUGAUAAACAGAAUAGUACUGUCACAGUCAACGUGGUUCGCAUCGAACCGGCGCCAACUCAGCUGCCUGUCAAAAUCGUUAGUUCGCAAUUUAAUUUAUCGGCUCGAUGUGACGUAGAGCGUUUAUUAGUUGUUUUAGCGAUAUUUUUGUGCCAUAUUUAUACCUAA